AUGAUUAAUCAAUUUUUACGAAAUAUCAAAUUGCUUCAGAAUGUAAAGCAAUUGGUGUUGGGCAAUCCCACAGCUGACAUGGAUUCGUGCAUUGGAUCCAUUCUUUUGGCCUAUCACAUGACUUAAUUUCAUACUCCAACUGCCCCAAUCAUCAAUUACAAUAGAGAAUCGUUUAGAUCUCAUUUCGAGACGGCUGAAUUAUUUGAUGCCAACGAUUUGAUAUUCAUUAAUGAAGUGGAUUUGAAUAAAUACGAUUUGAUUCUCUAUGAUCACAACGACAUCAAAUAUACAAAUAACCAAAUUGGAUGCAUCGAUCAUCAUGAGGAUAAGGGACAGUAAUUUACUCAGUUUAAGAAGAUAGAGAAAGUAGGUUCUGCAGUGACUUUGGUGGCAGAACAUAUGCAGUUGGAAUAGAAUUACAAAUGCAAAUAGGAAAUUGCAGAAAUAGCCUAAUUGAUAAUGAAGACCAUAUUGAUAGACACAUUCAACUUCCAACAAAAUCAAUAUCAAAUCAGAUGGGUAGACAAAGACAAACAAAUUUUUGAUUUGUGUCAUUCCUUCUGUCCUUAAUUUGAUGCUAAACAAGAGUACUAACAUCUUACAGAUUUAAAGUAUGAUGUUAAAUUGAAUUUGCAACUCUCACUCAAUUAGUAAUUGCUCAAGGAUUACAAAAAGUUUUUUACUGUUGGAUACAGUGUGAUAUUUAUCAAGUUAUAAGACUUAAUGUAAAAAUAUAAUGAAAAUCAAUUAAUCAAUGAAUUCAAUGAAUUUAUGAUCAAAGAAGAAUGCAAGACUUUGAUUGUUUUUUUUGUCCAUCUAGAGAAUAAUACAAUUUAGAGAAGUAUGAUUAUCUAUGGGGAAAAUCAAUAAAAGAUAAUUUAGUAAUUCAGUGAAUUAAAAUUUGAAUAAUUACAAAGCCCAAUUCCCAAUUCAUUAUUGCUCAAAGACAUAGAUAACAUUUAUAGUAGGAAAAUUAUUGAGCCAUUAGUAUCAAAAUUGUGA